GUGUUUGGGUUGAUGAUGAAGGUGUUUAUGUUUGUGAGGCCAAAAACCAGUUUGGAUCCAUCAAGGCUCAUGCCAGAGUCACUGUUACUGGCUUGGAAGCCCCAUUAUUAGUUCAAGGUGCACCAGCUGUCGCAGUGAUGACCGGUCAGCCUCUGAACCUUCCUGUAUGUUGUUAGAUUGGCAUUCCUCUUCCUGACAGAGUCUGGACGCACAAUGGAAAACAAGUGCGUGUUGGUGGAAGAGUCUUUCUAAGGAGUGACGGCAGUCUGCAUGUAGAUAGAGCUGGAGCAGGGGAUGCUGGGAUAUAUGUUUGCACUGCCAUCAAUGUAGCAGGAUCAGCCAAUAUAACCGUCACAGUGGAAGUUCAUGCCCCUCCUGAUAUCAAGGCUGGUCCUCUGCACUACACAGCCAACGAGGGCACACCCAUCUCCUUGUCCUGUGAAGCAAGUGGGGUCCCCAAACCCACCAUUGUCUGGUCCAAGGGUCGAGAUCCCUCAAACAGGCCUGUGUCUGCACCUCUUAAGGCAGCUGAUGGAGGUCUGUACAUCCCCAGUCCCACAGCGGAGGAUGCAGGGGUUUAUGUGUGCACCGCCACCAGUGCUGUGGGCUACACCAGCAGAGAGAUGCAUCUGAGUGUUAACAGCAAACCAAGAAUUGUUGGUGCUGACGGGUCACAAGCAGUGGUUAAAAUGGCAGCUGAGGUUGGAUCAGAGGUCAUCCUACCAUGUGAAGUUCAUGGAAGUCCUACACCUCUGGUGACUUGGAGCAGAAAUGGGCAACCGAUACCUCCUGUCACAGCCUGGUUCACCAUUCUGCCGUCUGGUUCUCUGAAGAUUAGUGAUGUCAGGCUGAUAGACAGUAAAUUCUACACCUGUUCUGCCGCUAACCCAGCUGGCAACGUCUCACUCACCUACAAUUUGCAAGUACAAGCUAAACCAAGGAUCCAGCCAGCACCUCCAUCUCUCAAGGCUCUGAUUGGCCAGACGGUGGUGUUGCCAUGUGUGGUCCAAGGAGAGCCAAGCCCUCAGAUCAGCUGGCUUCAUAAAGGACUUCUUGUGGGCAGUGAUAGGAUGCUGAAGAUCCAGGCGGUCCAGCACUCGGACAGCGGCACCUAUAGUUGUGUAGCCAAGAAUAGUGCUGGAGAAGAUACCAUCGAGAUUGUUCUGAACAUUUUAGAGGGCCCCUAUUUUAAGACAAACGGAGAGACCAUUAUUGAGACUGUGGCUAACAGCAGAGUGCUCAUCCCUUGCCCUGCAAGAGGAUCUCCUGCUCCUUGGGUGCGAUGGUUCAAAAAUGGCCUGGAGAUCUAUAUGGAGCGAUCGGAGCACGGUGUGUCUUUGGCUGAGAAUGGCUCGCUGGUGAUUGGCUCCGCUUCGGCCAGUCACAGUGGAGAUUUUAAGUGUGUGGCCACUAAUGAAGCAGGAUCAGUGGAGAGGAAGACCAGGCUAAAGGUCAAUGUUCCACCAGAGAUCCAAGAAGAUGGGCAGCCUUUGAAUCUGACGGUCACACUGAAGCAGCCCCUCACACUGGGAUGUGAUGCUUUCGGUAUCCCACCCCCGACCAUUACCUGGUCUAAAGACAACAGGCCUGUAUUGGAGACUCCAGGGGUGUAUCUGCAGAAUGGAAAAAGACUUUUAAAGAUUUACCGUGUUCAGCAUGAUCACGCUGGCCACUUUUCCUGCACUGCCCAGAACUCUGCUGGGGAAGCCAGGAGGGAGUAUAUUAUUGAAGUACAAGCUCCACCAGUAAUUUCAGGUACCUCAGGAGUGCAGGAAAUGACUGUCAUGGCAGGGCAGGAAGUGGACAUGCAGUGUAGAGUCAGUGGCCGCCCACUGCCUAUAGUGGAAUGGAGUCAUGAUGGAGAAAUUUUAUCCCCUAAUGGAGACCCUCAUGUGGAGUUUCUGGAGAAGGGGCAGGUUUUGAGGAUCAAGACUGUCAAGCCGAGGGAUCGUGGCCUAUAUCAGUGUAUGGCCAGUAACAAUGCUGGGACUCAGACACGGCAGUUCAGGCUGAAUGUACAAGCUGCUCCCACGAUUCGUGAUGCUUAUGAGAACUCAAAGGUGACUGUUGUUCUGGGCUUCCCUGCUGUCCUUCACUGUGAAGUUGAGGGGAUCCCACUUCCCACUAUCACCUGGCUAAAGGACAACCAGCCCAUUGUGUCCAGCCCUCAGCUCACGUACACACAGGGUGGACAGUCUUUGCGUGUGGCUGCGGCCCGUGGUGAGGAUGCAGGCGCUUACACCUGCCGAGCAACUAACCCAGCUGGAACAGCGCACAGACACCACACACUAAGAAUUAUGGUACCUCCACAGAUUGAGGGGGAUUCUACGACUCUCAGCUUUGGCAGAAGAGAAGAGAAAGUGAGAAUUAAUGGGACAUUGACUUUGUCAUGCCUGGCCAAAGGCUUUCCAGAGCCUGUCACACAAUGGUUUAAAGAUGGACAGCUGUUAAAUGGGAAUACACACACCGGUCUGAGAGUGAACAGUCACAUGCUCCUCAUCGAGAAUGCCAUGUUGUCUCACGAGGGCCAGUACACAUGUGUGGUUACCAAUUCUGCUGGAGAGGACAAGAGAGACUUCCACCUGAUUAUACAGGUUCCUCCGAUCUUUCACCGGGUAAUAAAUGGUGCUGCUGGUUUCUCACUGGGGGAGAGGGAAGAUGAAGAGGAUCCUGACGGCACUGAAGGGAUGGUUGAACGACGCGAGGUGGUACUGGGACACUCCAUCAGUCUGUCCUGCGAGAGCAAUGCUAUUCCUCCUCCUCGACUCAGCUGGUACAGACAAGGCAGGCAGCUUUCCAGCUCAGAUGGAGUUGUGUUACCUGGAGGGAACGUCCUGCAGAUCCCACGGAUUCAGCUUGAGGAUGCUGGGAAAUACACCUGCCAGGCUGUGAAUGAAGCUGGAGAGGAUAAAAUGCACUAUGACCUGGAGGUGUUGGUUCCUCCUUUGCUUGAUGGCCAGACUGAUGAGUUCAUGCAGGACGUGGAUGCUGUGGUCAACUCGACUAUAUCACUGCGCUGUGAUGUCACAGGAAACCCCACUCCAUCUGUAUCUUGGCUGAAGGAUGGUCUGCCCCUCUACAGCGGCCCUCACCAUCAGAUAUUAGAGGAUGGGAAACUGUUGGAGAUACUGAAUGUGCAAGUGUCAGAUGCAGCCAGUUAUCAGUGUGUGGCAGAGAAUAAGGCUGGAGCUGUCGAGAGACUUUACAGCUUGUCUGUUCAAGUUCCACCAAGGAUUGUGGGUCGCCGAGAGGAGGAUAUGAGUGUGGUGGAGGGUCACAUGAUCUCUCUGCUGUGUGAUGUGCAGGCAUACCCACCUGCUGACAUCAUCUGGACCAAAGAUGGGCAGGUGCUGGAGUUCAGCACUGGCAUCCACAUACUGCCAGGUGGUCAGAUGCUGCAGCUUCCCAGGGCUGGACAGCAAGAUGCUGGCCAGUAUGUCUGUACAGCCACAAACUCAGCCGGACAAGACCAGAAGAGCAUUCUCCUUACCGUCUACGCCCUGCCUUCACUGGUGCCACGUCUUGAAUCCGAGUCAGAGGUCAUGACACCUCAGGUCGGGUCAUCACUAAUUCUGCGUUGUGAAGCCAACGGCACCCCUGAACCAGAGGUCACAUGGUAUCGUAAUGGACUUCAGCUGGCUGCUGGAAAUGGUUUGAGGAUAGAGCGGCAGCAACUUGAGAUAGUUGGGGUGCAGGUGGCUGAUGGCGGGGUGUACACCUGUAAAGUGUCCAACAUUGCAGGUCAAGUAGAUCGCACCUUUAGAGUAACAGUCCAUGUGCCUCCCGUGAUGGAGGGCCCUCUUCAUGAGACCCUGACUCAAAACAUGGGGUCACACAUCACCCUCAUCUGUGAGGCCUCUGGCAUACCUGUACCCAACAUUGCUUGGCUAAAAGAUGGCUCUCCUAUCGAGACCAGUUUGCAGUGGAACUGGUCAGCGAGAGGAAACCGACUGGAGUUAGGCCCUCUGCAGAUCUCUCAUGCUGGCACUUACACAUGCAUCGCUAAAAACAGUGAAGGCCAGACGCAGAAAGACUACUCACUUACUAUAUUUGCGUCACCCACAAUUCUAGAUUCUGGCCACCCAUCAGAAGUCAGUGCACCUGCUGGGGAGGAACUGACUCUUGAAUGUCGGGUGAUGGGUACACCUACUCCCAAAGUGAGCUGGCUGAAGAACGGAAAGACUCUUGAGAAUGGAAAUACAGAGCAUAUUGAUAUCUCUCCUGAUGGGAGCACUCUAACACUUCUGAAUAUAAAGCCAGAAGACUCAGGAACAUACACCUGCCUGGCUGUCAGCUCUGCUGGCCAAGAGAGCAAGAUCUAUACCUUGUUUGUACUAGUUCCUCCCUCCAUGAGUGGGGAGACCAGCGUCCCCCGUGAGGUGCACACCACUCAGCACAGUGUGGUCACACUGGAGUGCAAAGCCACUGGGACUCCUCAACCUCAAAUCAGCUGGCUGAGGGACGGUCAUCCUUUACUCCUGUCACCCCGUCUCCGUCUGCUUUCUGCAGAUACUGUUCUUAGGAUUGCAUCGGUACAGCUGUCUGAUUCUGGCAUCUACACGUGUGUGGCUCGUAGCAGAGCUGGAUCAGCUGAACUCAACUUUGACCUCCGUGUGCAAGCCCCCCCUGCGGUUGAGCGUACAGAGCCGACUGAGCAGGUGGCCGUGGUCCAGGGCUCUUCGGUAACAUUGACCUGUGAAGCCCGCGGUGUGCCUCCUCCAACUCUAUCAUGGCUAAAGGAUGGCCAACCACUUUCACUGCACCGUAAUCUUCUGCUGGAUGGACAGGAAACCCGCUUCCUGCUCUCUGAUGUGGGUCCCAGUGAUGGAGGCCUCUACAGCUGUGUGGCAAGCAACCAGGCAGGAAGCAGUACCAAGACUUUCAACCUGACCGUGCUAGAGCCCCCCAAGAUCUCUGGCUCUUCAUCCCCUGACGAGCAGCUGGUUGCAGUGGACAGUGUGCUGGAGCUGGAGUGUAUCGCGACGGGUCUUCCCCCUCCAACCCUCAGCUGGCUGAAAGAUGGGCGUCCACUACAGGACAGCAUGGCAGUAAUAGAGAGAGAUGGGCAGCUUCUCAGAAUCAACAAAGUUCAGGUGGAGGACGCAGGUCUGUAUACCUGUAUUGCUAGUAGCCCAGCAGGAGAGGAUGGUAGAAACCAUUGGGUUCGCAUUCAGCUUCCACCCACUCUUCUCGGCUCUAAUGACAUCAGAACUGUAUCAGUUCCAGCUAAAGGUCACUUGACACUGGAAUGUCAGGCCGACAGUGACCCUCCACCAGAGAUUGAGUGGUACAAGGAUGAUGUCAAACUACAGUUGGGAGGUCGAAUUCAGUCCAUUGCUGGUGGACAGUAUUUGGAAAUUCAAGAUGUCCGGACCCAAGAUAGUGGACAGUACAGCUGUGUGGUCACCAACAUUGCUGGCAGCACCAGUCUGUUCUUCACUGUAGAGAUUCUCUUGCCGCCAGUCAUCAGAGUGGGCAGUCCAUUGAUCAUAGCACAUGUCGAUCAGGAUGCAGUGUUGCCAUGUGAGGUGGAGGGAGGGCCCUCCUCAUCUGUCCUGUGGAGGAAAGAUGGCGGUCCAGUCCCAUUUCACCAUGGCAGAUUCACCUUGCUAUCAGAAGGCUCUUUGCGCAUUGCGUCAGUGCAGCUGUCCGACACUGGGCGUUACUACUGCAGUGUAUCAAAUCAGGCAGGAUCAGACCAUCGCGGCAUGGACCUUAAAGUCUAUGUUGGGCCCUCGAUCAGCCCUGGCCCCUUUAAUGUGACGGUGGUCACAGGUCAGAGAGCAGUCUUGAGUUGUGAGAGCACUGGCAUACCUGCUCCUCAGGUGAGCUGGAAAAGGAACGGCUCACCCCUCAAUGUGGAUCUCCAGUCUGGCGCUUACAGGUUAAUGUCUUCUGGAUCUCUGAUCAUUACCUCGCCGUCUGUUGAGGAUGAGGGCUACUUUGAGUGCACAGUGACCAAUGAGGUUGGAGAAGAGCGAAGGGUCAUAGAGGUCAUUCUGCAAGUUCCUCCUGUAAUUAAAGAUGAUGUCAGCAGUGUUACAGCUGUUAAAAUGUCCCCUGUCGUGUUGCCAUGUCAUGCCACGGGCCGUCCAGAGCCUGUCAUCAGCUGGAACAAGAACUGGAUGCAGCUGGGCGCUCGAGGGGGCAGUUACCGUGUGCUGCCCACAGGUGCACUGGAGAUCUUGGCUGCAACACCUAGUCAUGCUGGCAAAUAUACCUGCUCUGCCCGCAAUUCUGUUGGAGUGGCUUACAAACACGUUACACUUACUGUACAGGAGCCUCCAGAGAUCAGACCCAUGGCAGAAGAAGUCCAGGUGGUGUUACAUCACUCAGUGGUUCUACCCUGUGAAGUACAAGGAUUCCCAAGACCCACCAUUACAUGGCAGAGAGAAGGUGUUCCUGUGGCGACAGGUCAUAGAUUGACCGUACUCCCCAAUGGAGCUUUGAAGUUUUCACGGGUCACUCUUGGAGAUGCCGGAACAUACCAGUGUUUAGCACAGAAUGAAGCAGGAACCACUAUGGGAAGAACCAACCUCAUUUUACAAGUUCCUCCGGUGUUGUCUGUGCCUCGUCUGGAGUACACAGCAGUUCUUGGCCAGCCGGUCAGUCUGGAGUGUACUGCGGAUGGUCAGCCAAAGCCAGAAGUGACGUGGCACAGGGAGCGUAGGCCUGUGGUGGAGGGCACACACCUGAGACUGUUCUCUAACGGCACACUUCACAUCACUGCCACUCAACGCAGCGAUGCAGGAAUCUACACCUGCUCUGCCCGAAACAAUGUUGGUAGAGCCAGCCAUGACAUCAGAGUAAUUCUGCAAACCCCACCACAGAUUUCUGUUGGUCAGUCAGAGAUGUCCGUCAUCCAGGGAUUUCAAGCGCUUCUGCCAUGUACAGCACAGGGUCUUCCAGAGCCCAGGGUGAGUUGGGAGAAACAGGGAGUCCUUGUGCCAACUCUCCCGGGCAAAUUCACUCUGCUGAGGUCAGGAGAACUGAUUAUUGAAAGGGCUGAGUCUGGUGAUGCGGGUCUGUUCACAUGUGUAGCCACCAACACUGCUGGAACAGCUCGAAGGGACAUUCGCCUGUCUGUCAACAUGAGACCUGCUUUUAAAGAGUUACCUGGUGACGUGACGUUGAAUAAAGGGCAAAGUCUCACCCUAUCCUGCCAUGCUCAGGGUACUCCACCUCCCACCAUAACCUGGACUGCCAACAACAGGCCCUAUACAGGUGCAAGUGUUGAUGGAUCUGGCAGAAGUUCAGUGAUUAUUGACAAUGUCACUGUAAGUGAUGGUGGCACCUACGUCUGCACUGCAGAGAACACUGUAGGAUCCAUAAGGGCUCUUUCGUUUGUGCGUGUCAGAGAACCUCCCAUGCUGAGAGGGGAAGCCAAGACCACUCAGAAUGUAGUUAAGGGUAAAGCUGCCAUGCUGGACUGCGCUGUCACUGGGGAUCCUGUACCUUCCUUGCGGUGGUACAAAGAUGGCCAGCCGAUACUUGGCUCUCUGCGGUUUCAUCCCCUCCGCAAUGGCUCUCUGGCUCUGUAUAGUGCCACGAUUGGAGAUUCAGGAGAGUACAGAUGUGUUGCUGAAAGUGAGGCAGGCGCUGUGGAGAGAACAAUAUCUCUGAAAGUACAAGUUCCAGGGGGCUACUCAGACUGGGAGGAGUGGGGCCCGUGCAGUACUACCUGUGGGCAAGGCAUCCAGGAGCGAAUCAGAUUCUGUAACAACCCACCUCCAGCCAAUGGUGGGCCAUCGUGCGUGGGUCCAAAUGUGGAUUCCAGGAAAUGUCAGGCCUCUUUGUGUCCAGGCGAGUCUCCACGGCGUGCACGGGGCAGUCUGAUAGGCAUGAUUAAUGAGAAGGAGUUUGGAGUGGCCCAUCUGGAAGCCAAUAUCACAGAGAAUGAAGCGGAUGGCACCAGCACGCUGGAAGCCCAUGUAGAAAACAUUCCUCCAAGUGUUGGUCCUUUGUUGCGAGUUCUUGUGUCAGUAUUUUCCCCAAUUUACUGGACAACUGUACAUCAAUCACCGGAAACCCAAAAUGGCUUCUCUCUCAAUCAAGGGCAGUUCAGACAGGAAUCUCAGCUGGAGUUUGACACAGGAGAGGUCUUAAAGCUGACUCAUGUGGCCAGAGGUCUGGAUGCAGAAGGGGCUCUGCUUGUGGACAUUGUGAUCAACGGCUUUGUUCCUCCUAUGCUGUUGACUUCUAAUCUCAAUCUGCAGGAGUUUGACGAGUCAUAUGUGCAGACAGGCUCCGGGCAGCUUUACUCCUGGUCCUCACAGAAUCACAUGUGGGACGGGGCUCCUCUAACCCUAAGAUGCAAUCAUUCUGUGGUUUAUGAAGGGCCGGAGAACCGUCAGGGGCCCCUGCUGCAGCUCCUCAGACUGACCGGAAUUAGAAGCACCUACAGCUUUUUCACUCUCAGCCUGGAGUUCAAGAUGACUGCCAGUUUACUCAUACCAGAGGGUGAUGGAGAGACAUGUCCAAAAGGUUUUGUAUUGGACACAGCAUCUUACUGUGCCGAUGAGGACGAAUGUGCUGUUGACUCUCCCUGCUCACACUCAUGUAAUAAUAUCAUGGGUGGUUUCUCCUGCGCAUGUCCUUCUGGAUUCACCAUCUCUACCGAGUCUAACACCUGCCAAGAUAUUGAUGAGUGCACACAAGGUUCCCACUUGUGUCACCCCAACCAGCAGUGUGUGAACACUGUUGGGACAUAUCGCUGUCAAGCCAAGUGUGGCCUGGGCUUCAAACCCAGUUUAGUUGGCACCAGCUGUGAAGAUGUGGAUGAGUGUCAAGAAUCAGCAGUCUCUCCAUGCCAGCAGCAGUGUUUCAAUACUCUAGGCUCCUACCGUUGCACCUGCCAUCCAGGAUACCAGCUAGUGGGACAUCGCUGCCUGGAUAUAAAUGAGUGUUUGAGGAAUGUGUGUCCAGCACACCAGCAGUGUCGAAACACAGAUGGAGGAUACCAGUGUUUUGACAGCUGCCCAUCUGGCAUGACCACAGCGGAAAAUGGAGUGUGUGUAGACAUAGACGAAUGCCAGGAUGGCAGUCACAUGUGCCGCUACAGUCAAAUCUGCCAGAACACCAUUGGUGGGUAUGGAUGUGUUUGUCCUCGAGGCUACCGCUCUCAAGGUGUAGGUCGACCUUGCUUAGAUAUUGACGAAUGUGCGCAGGUGCCCAGCCCUUGUGCUUUUCAAUGCCGGAAUGUUCCGGGCAGCUUCCGCUGCAUUUGUCCACCAGGGACGGUUCUUCUGGGAGAUGGUCGCUCAUGUGCUGGACUUGAGAGAGGGCAUAUCUUUACCAACAGUACCCGGGUACAAGCCAGGCUGCGGCCACAACUGGUAUCUACUUUAGAGCGACCUUACCUCACUCGCCUCUCAGUCCUACCAGAGCACCUUGGAUCUUCACGUCGUCCCAGGCAUGAAUGCCCAGUUGGAUACACCAGCAAGGAUGGUACUUGCAUAGAUAUCGAUGAAUGUGCAUUUAAAAAGCCUUGCCAACAUGAGUGCAGAAACACAAUAGGAAGCUACCAGUGCACUUGCCCACCAGGAUACCAACUAUCAUCCAAUGGCCGAACAUGCAAAGAUAUUGAUGAGUGCACUGUGCAAGGUGUUCAGUGUGGCCCAAACCAAAUGUGCUUUAACACACGUGGGGGCUACCAGUGUCUUGACACACCCUGUCCUACCAGCUACCAAAGAGGACGCAAUCCAGGCACCUGCUACAAGCCUUGCACUUCCAGACUAGAUUGUGGCUCCACAGGCUUUCCUCUGCUCCAGUACAAGCUCCUUACUCUUCCUCUGGGAAUACCAGCACACCACAACUUGGCCCGUUUGUCAGCUUUCUCUGAAUCAGGUGUUCUCCAAGACCACACAUCCUUCACUAUCCUGGAGCAAGGAGGGGGAAAUGGAGAGAGGCCAUUUGGCAUCAAGGACGAAGCAGGAAGAGGCAUCAUAUUCACAGUAAAGCCUUUAGACUGGCCCGGCCUGGUGCGACUUCGGGUACAAGCCACUACGCUGUCAGACCAGGGGCGCAUAACCUACCAGAGUAUCUUUAUUAUCUACAUCUCCAUAUCCAAAUACCCCUACUGAGUGUGCAAGACUGCACAGGAUGUACUGUUGCUUAAUGGGACAUGGGAGGAGCAUUAGUAAAUGAACUCGAUUCCCACCUAUUUAUGUGCCCUCUUGUGGAGCGGAAUGUUGGAUUAAUGAGUUAUCAUCAGGAUAAUAAAUACAUUGCACCUUUUAUAAUUACUGUUAUUUUAAAGUAUUGUAGUAGCUUUGGAAUCUUACCUGGUCUCUUUUAUUUUCACUGAUGUGCUGUAAUUUCUCCUUUUUUUUUUUUUUUUUUUUUUUUUGGUAAUGAAUCAGGAUACAUCUGGUAUUAAAACAACAAAAAUAAUAGCAGAAGACAUUUCCCACUGACAUUUUGAGCAGGCUUCAUUACCUACAUUAAAACUGAUUACUGGUAUGUUUAGAUAUAUUUACUUAUCAUAUGUUGUAUUGCUAUAUUCUUGUACAUUAUUGAGUGUACUCUCGUAUGAGAAUGAGAGUGUGUGUGUAUGAAUUAUUGCUAGCGUGUUUGCCUUAUCUGUGAAUAUUGAUGGUUGUGCUCUCUCUGCUCAUGACUCCUUGAAACUAACAUGUAGAUUAUAAAAAUUCUUAAAAAAAAAAAAAAAGUGAUUAUUUUAGUCAAUCAGACCUAUCUUUUGACAUUAAAUACCAUUCCUUGGAAGAAAUGUAUGUCAGGAGAUGCAUAAGAAUCCAUUGCUUUAGAAUUUUAAGGUGCUAAAGACCAUGAAACUUUUGGGUAUCUUCAGAAGACUUAUUUAUUGAGAACAUGCUGUGGCUCUGCAGUGUUCAAAAGUCUAAGACAGGCAUACAUUGUAUUUUAUAGGCAUUCAGUGGGCAGUCCUUAAAGGUGUUUACCUGACACAUCCUUGGAAGUGACCACUCUAAGCUAAAUAUCUAAAAACUAUAUAGGUAAUCAUCCCCCAGCUGCGAGUUCCAGUAAACCUGAACAUAAUAGGUUAAGGUAGGUUAAGUACCUAUUUAACACCUUUGCAGGUGUGUAUGAAAAUGAGUCAGUGUCCGAAUACACUAUCUUCACUGUGUAUUAUAUAAUAUGCAUCAAUAAAAAUGCAUCUGUUUUCAGUGUAUAGUAAGUAAAACUCAAGUAAAGGCAAACUUUGUUACUUUCCCACUGCUAGACUGUUAAAGUGAUGUUCAAUCAGAUUUUAUUUUAAAUCAUUAAAUUACAACAAAAUACAUUA